AUGAAUAAUAACGGUCAACAACAACAGUACGAGAUUCUUCCGAAUGAAAUGUCGCCCGACGACUCACCACCAACCUCCGAGGAAGGUUCCGAGAAGAAGAGCGUCGAGAAGAAGUCUGGUCGUAGAAAAAUCAACAUUGAAUUCAUCACUGAGAAAUCGAGAAGACAUAUAACAUUCAGUAAGAGAAAGACGGGAAUCAUGAAGAAAGCGUUCGAACUGAGUACUCUGACCGGUACACAGGUACUGCUGUUGGUCGCCAGCGAAACCGGCCAUCCGAAGGAAAGCAACUCAUCCAGACCUGUCUCAACACUCCCGACAAUCCCAGCAACACAUCAUCGUCCAUCUCUAACAACAGUUCCUCCAACAAUGGCAACAACAACGACUCCUCCUACAACAACAGCAGCUACGAAGACAGCGAUACUCCACCACAAACCACCACCACCACCACCAACUCAUCAUCAUCAUCCUCCUCCAACACCAACACCGAAGAAAAAAGAGUUCAAGAGUAAUUUGUUUAUUAACUUUUAUUUCCAAUUUGAGAAGCUUUCAAAAUCUGCUUUGAAGCAGCAGGCGGCAGCUCAACAAGCAGCUCAACAAGCCGCAGCACAACAGGCAAUUCAACAACAAAUUUCACAACAACAAAGUCAAGCAGCUGCUCAGCUAUCGAAUUUAUCAUUGCUACAACAACAACAAGCAGCUCAGCAAGCAGCAGCACAACAACAGCAACAACAACAACAACAACAAGCAGCACAAAAUGGAUACACAGAAGUUCCACCAUAUACAUCAAUACCCUAUGGUAGUCAAGUGUAUUACCAACAACAACAACAACAACAGCCACAACAAAAUUCAUCGCCACAACAAAACUCAUCACAGCCACAACAACAAACCAAUAGAUCACAACCAAUCAUAGCAAACUCUACAUUUUCAAGUUCGAUUCAAGGUGGAUCCACUCACCCAAAUAUAUAUUUACCACCAUUUACACAAAGCAACCAACCACCAUACAAUGUGCCUUCAUUUUCAAAUGGUUAUGCCAACUCACCUCAACAAGUGGCCAGGUAUAAUCAAUCUCAUGUAAAUCUAUCUCACCAACAGCAACAGCAACAACAACAACAAGCUUAUAAAGAAUAA